AUGCUCACAGUGUACUGCCGUAUGUGUUUGAGUCCUUCGCAGUUUCACGAAAUGAUGUCCCUGUUCGAUAAAUACAGAGGAUUUUCCAUACGUGAUGCGUUGUUGGAUUUGUUUCAAAUUAAGAUUCUUCCCACGGAAAUGUUAUCUACGAUUUGCAAGAAAUGUAUUGCAAAGGUGUGUACCGUGCGCGAGAUAAGAGAGGAAUUUAUUGCACAGGAUCGCAAAUACCGGCAAAUGAUCAGCAACUCUACUGACGAAGAAUCAUCCUCAACGGAGAAGAACAACGAAUCCGAGCGUGUGCACGCGGACACUGAACCAUCCGCCGCUGUUGAAAGCACCGUCGCCGAAGAACAGCAUCAGCAGGAAGAUUUUCGUGAAAAAGUCGGAUCGUCGAAUCCAGCUGAUGUUAAGGAACCGUCAGCAGCGGAAAGCCGGAACAUUAAUUCUAUCAUCUGCUAUGUGGAGGAAUCGAAUGAAACAGAACGACAGGACGCAACACCACAAUCGGAGUACGAAGUGAUAAUGUCCCAGAGUCCGGGAAAGUCUCCGGUACGAUUCCAAAUUGCUAACUGUUCACAGGAAGACAAUGAAAAUUCGAAUCUAGAACCUGCUGCAGAUAAAAACAACGAAGAUGAGAUCAGCGUUAAAGAGUACUGUGAAUAUACGGAGGAUACGGCAGACUCAACGGACGCAAACAGUGGCGAAGAUUCUGUACACUGCGAGAGUGCGUAUGUUUGCGAAUGGUGUGAGUGCUACUUUAAGACAAAAGAUGCGUACAUAGUCCACGCUUGUGCUAACCAGUCGGAAAGUAUCCAGCAGGAAUUUGAGAGCCAAAGUAAAAAGGUGCACUGUAAGGACAGCUCCAAUAAGAGAGCCCGAUUGGAAGAUACCAAAAAAACAGUUGUUGGGUUCGCAACCAACAUUAUCUGUCCUCACUGUUCAGAUGUGUUCGACCAGGACAGUAAACUGCUCGAGCACGGUAAACUAAAGCAUCCGGAAGAGUUUGAAACUGUCGAAUGCAAUCAAUGUACGGAAGAGUUCGCUACCUACGAUGCACUGUACAAGCACGAAUCAUCGCAACACAGGAACGGGUAUGAAUGUAGGUACUGUAAAAAGAAGUUGCUCAAUUCCAACGCUUUACAAAGUCACGAGAAUGUACACACCAAGCGGCAGACGUUCAGUUGCUCGGUAUGUAAUAAAAUGUUUUCCCAGUACACCAGCAUGUGGCGCCAUAUGCGAAUACAUAACGAUAUAAAGGCGUACGAAUGUGAUAUCUGCCAGCGUCGGUUUCGGCAGCGAACUGUGAUGCUAGCGCAUCGUUUGAUACACACCGGAGAGAAACCGUACGUGUGUGAGGUGUGCGAUAAAAGCUUCCGGGAUCGUAGCACACUGGCGAGACAUAGGCAAGUGCAUUCAAAGGCAAGGACGAAGAAAAAUAAGUAG